GGUAAAAAUGGAUCAGUAAAAAUAGAUUUAAGAUCCGAAUGUGACUAUUCGAAUAAGGUACAAUGUACAUGUAUAACCUUUUAUGUCUAAAAUGUAAACAGUUUGCCAUAUAUGGGAUCUCUCAGAGAAGUAAUUAAAGAGAUGACACAGCCAAUAUAGUAUAAAAUGAGCAACCUGAUGAUAGAUUGGCAUAUGUAAAAUUUGAAGGCUUAAAAACUGCGUAACUUAAAAAGAAGGAAGGUACCUUAUAAUCAACACAAUGCCGUUCAACGUAUAUGAUGAUGAAAUUGCAGCAGUUGUCAUUGACAACGGAUCGGGAAUGGUUAAAGCUGGUUUUGCCGGAGAUGAUGCACCACGAGCAGUUUUUCCCGCCAUAACUGGUCGCCCUAGAUACCAGUCGGUGAUGGUUGGAAUGGGAUCUAAAGACAGUUAUGUUGGAGAUGAAGCACAGAGUAAACGAGGAAUGUUAACAUUAAAAUAUCCUAUAGAACAUGGAAUAGUCACAAAUUGGGACGAUAUGGAGAAAAUAUGGCAUCAUACCUUUUAUAAUGAACUCAGAGUGGCUCCAGAGGAACACCCUGUUAUGUUGACAGAAGCUCCACUUAAUCCAAAAGCAAAUAGGGAACGUAUGACGCAGAUAAUGUUUGAGACAUUCAAUAGUCCAGCUUUUUAUGUCAACAUCCAGGCAGUUCUGUCUCUAUACGGUGCUGGACGAACAACUGGUAUUGUACUCGACGCUGGUGACGGUGUGUCUCAUGUAGUGCCUAUCUAUGAAGGAUACGCACUUCCACACGCAAUCAAACGUCUUGAUCUCGCAGGACGAGAUUUAACAGCAUACUUACAACGUAUUCUUCACGAAAGAGGUUAUAACUUCGUCACCACAGCUGAGAGCGAGCUUGUAAGAGAUAUCAAAGAGAAAAUGUGUUAUACCGCACUUGAUUUUGAACAGGAAUUGGAUGCUUCUUCUAAAUCAACUGCUAUUGAGAAAUCCUAUGAACUACCUGAUGGAACCCUAAUCACCAUUGGGAAUGAACGUUUCCGUUGUCCAGAAGUUAUGUUUCAGCCAGCAUUUACUGGCAUGGAGUCAUGUGGAAUCCAUGAAAUGAUACACAAUUCAAUCAUGAUGUCUGACAUCGACACAGCUUUCUUCGUCCAAAUUCAGGCCGUUUUAUCUCUGUAUGCCUCUGGAAGGACAACUGGAAUAGUUCUAGAUGCUGGCGACGGAGUAUCACAUGUUGUACCCAUCUAUGAAGGAUAUGCACUACCACAUGCCAUUAAGCGUCUUGAUCUCGCAGGGCGAGAUUUAACCGCUUAUUUACAACGUAUCCUCCACGAGAGAGGUUAUAACUUUGUCACAACAGCUGAGAACGAAAUUGUCCGCGACAUUAAGGAAAAGAUGUGUUAUACAGCACUUGAUUUCGAACAGGAACUUGAUACCUCCUCCAAGUCAUCCAAUUUAGAGAAAUCUUAUGAAUUACCGGAUGGAGCUGUGAUAACCGUUGGUAACGAGCGUUUCCGGUGUCCAGAAGUAAUGUUCCAGCCAUCAUUUAUUGGUAUGGAAUCUUGUGGAGUCCAUGAAAUGGUCCAUAACUCUGUAAUGAUGUCAGACAUAGAUAUCAGACGAGAGUUGUACAACAAUAUCGUUCUGUCAGGAGGGUCUACAAUGUUUCCUGGUAUUGCAGAUCGUAUGAAGAAGGAAUUGGACGCAAUAGUUCCUAGUUCUAUGAAAACAAAAGUUAUCGCACCACCAGAAAGAAAGUAUUCCGUGUGGAUUGGAGGUUCAAUUCUUGGUUCAUUAUCAUCAUUCCAACAGAUGUGGAUAUCAAAGAUGGAGUACGAGGAAUGUGGACCAAGCAUCGUGCACCGGAAAUGCUUUUAAAUCAAAUUACAAAACCUUGACUGGUCAUUUUUUUCAUGGACAACCAAUUUGACACCCUUGUCUUUCAUUUUACAUAAAAUUUCAUUCAAACUUUGAUAUUUCAUACGAGAACAUUUAGUUAUAGUGUUAGUGAAACUGCUCUUGCAUUUACCUGUUUUAAUCAUGUUGUCAUCAUCUGAAUCAUGAAUGUAGAGUGGGGUGCUCAUUUUCGCCAAAUCUUUCCAUGCUUUCUAGUUUGUGUUCAGGUCUAAAUGUUUUUGAAGUAUACUGAUAUUUCUAUAUGAAGAUAUUAACUUCAAAUGCAAAAUAUUCUUAAGCUUGAAAACGGGUUUGUUUGAAAAAAAUCAUCUGAAAAGUUAGAUUAAAGGGUAUUUGAAAUUUCCGGAUGUUUUGUCAAUGGGGGACACAUAUUCGCCGUUUUUACACAGUCUAUUUGAAACCAAAUAACCGCAGCUUUUAACAAUUUUUAUCAAAUCAAUUGCAUUAUAGAUGAAUAGCAGACAUUUCAAAGGUGUAAAGAAUUCAAAAUUAGGGCAUUCAGUCAAAUAUUUACUUAGAAAUACUUCUUUGUUUUUUAUUCAGAAAAUUGUCCGAAAUUCGUUGUCCGUUUUUCGGUCAUUUUCGGUAGGAGCCGUUAUUUUGUCUUGAAGUUUAAAAAAAUAUCAUAUUUGUUAUAAAAGUACAAUUUACCAGUACAUUUCUUCCAUUUCAGCCAUCCUUUGAAGUUUUUACACCUUAAAAUCCUAAAAUGGCGAAAUUGUGUCCCCGGCGAAAAUGAGCACCCCACUCUACAGAUAUUUUGUUUUCUAAUAUUAAGACAAUUAUUUCGAAACUAAACAUGUUUUGAAAAUUACAACAGUGGGUUUGUU